AUAGAAAAUGGCUGACUGUUUUUACUCACUCUAUCAUGAUAUAAAACAUUCAUACAUUUCUUAAAAAGCACGGGGAAAUACAAUCCCUGAUUCAUACACAUGAUUUUUUUAUAUGUGACUGCUAAAGAUAAAUGUGCACAAUAGUUACUUUACAUAGAUCUAGAUAGAGUUAAAUCUAACCUAGAAAUGGCAACAGAAGCUGUGCAGUGUUUUCGUAGUCAAGUGGACUUGUUUCUGAAAGGAGAUAACUUGUCAAGGAGAUUCCAUGAUCUAUUUAAGUUCAAAGAUUUGGAGUCAGUGAAGAAAAAGCUUGAAAAGAAGAAAUCAAAGAAGAAAAAAUCUAAAACUAAAGAAAAGAAACAAAAGAUUCAGAGAGAGAAAAGCCCAGAGCUGGUAGAGUCAGCCCCUUCUAUAAUCACAACACAUGGCAAUGCUUCCAUGUUCACGGUGUUUGCCACAGUGCGUCAAGCAGUGCUGGCGCAGGCCAUCCGGGACUCAACUCGCCUAUAUCAUCUGGCAAACACUGGCACAGACUCAGAAAGUGACAGUGAUGAUGAAGGAGAAGAGAAAGGAAAAGAUCAGCAGAUAAAGAUUCCAAAAAUUGUUGGUUUGGGGCUGAAUGGAGUCUUUGAGUUAGUACGGGAGUCCAGAUCUCAGUAUCCAGAAUUGUGUAUCAAGGCUCUGCGUGCUCUGUUGGAUUUAUUACAGGGCCAGCAGCCUGAAGGCAUGAAAAGAGAACCUCCAGACAUUGUUGAAAACCUGUUCUCAUUGCUCAUGGAUCUAGCUAUCAACACUGGGGAGGGAGAUAAUUCUAAAAGUGGUGCCUCUAUGAGCUCGUUGGCUUGUUCUGCUCUCAUCAGUUUAACCAUUGCCUUGGGAGACACAGAAAAACUGCUUCGGGCCAUAACUGUUAUGUUGAUGUCCAGACUGGGACUUGAGCAUCAAGAUAUACAGGUCCCAGGCAUUCUAACUUCUUUACAGAAGAGUGUCCAGGCAGUGCUUCUUGGUAAAGCACAGUUGCCUGAUUGGUUUAAUUAUGGAAUUAAAAGUAAAUGUCAAGCACAAAUCUUCAAAUUAGCCAAUGCAAAAGUUGGGGAGUGUUUGGUUGAAAACUCAGCUAUAGCAAGUGAUGGCAGGUUCCUUUAUAUUCUCAACAAAUAUGGCCUGUAUAAAAUUGGUUCUGGAUAUGGAGGAACUAUCAUGGGUAAGCUGGAGAGUCAAAAAAGAGAUUUCCCUGUUCACAAAAACACAUUCUUGGCAUUUGCUGCUGGCAAGCUGCUUUGUAAAUGGGACAGAGGUACCACUCCCAGUCUGUGUGUCAUUAACAGGACUACAUUGGCUCCAGAGAACACAUUUGGCAUUGAUGGUAAUAGUUCCACUCACAGUCUUCUCUUCAGUGAUGGGGAAAACAUUGGCUACAUAGCACCUGCUAAGGAGGAAGACAGCUUUGUCAUUAGAACCUUCAGUCCAGUAAGCAGUCCCCCCAUGUCUCAGAUGAAUGAAGUCCCACUGAAGCUGACAAGAAAGUGUAUGGACUACAUGGGUUCAACACCUUUUGAUUCUACUAAUGAUAAGAGGACUGGUGGUGUGGCAACUGGAGUAGAUGAAGAUGCUCUAGUGAUGGUGUCUGGGAAGGAGUUCUCUCUAAUUAGAACUAUUGGUGGCAAGGUUUUGUUUCAAGGCAAAGCUGCUUCUCUAGGUAUUAAACAAUCUAACCAACCUCAGGGCAAGUGGUCAGAACUACCUAUCACCAAGUCUCCAAAAAUUAUUCACAUUGCCCUUGGCCAUGAUGGCCUGCAUGCAUUGCUGGUUGCAGAUGAUGGGACAGUGUAUUUUGUGGGCACAGCGAGACGUGGAGAGGAUGGCGAUAUCACUGGGGGGAAAGUACGACGUCAACCUAAACCAACUAAGCCUAGAAAAAUGAGUCGGCUUGAGUCCAAAUUUGUGGUGACUGCCUCAUGUAACAGUGCCACAAGUGCUGUGGUAACCAAAGAUGGGGAGCUGUAUAUGUUUGGCAAAGAUAACAACCACUGUGAUCACACUACAGGUCUAGUCACAGACUUGAGAGAUGUUCAGGUAGCUAAUGUAUGUCUUGGGAAAGCCCAUGCUGUGGUCCUGACCUCCAAGGGUCAAGUGUAUACAUUUGGUGUCAACAACAAAGGACAGUGUGGACGGGACUUCAGUACACAUGGAGCCUCACAGAGAGAGGCAGGUCAUACAGUAACAAUGGCAGAAGAUGAGGAGGAAACUGAAGUAGAUGAUAACUUGUGCCCUCAUGGAAAGCACAAAUGGGUUCAGGAAGUGUGUAUGAUUUGUUCUGUUUGUCGAGAGUGCACUGGUUAUGGUGUAAGCUGUGUCAACAGUGGUCGCAAAGACAGAAAUCCAGGAAUGCCCUGUGGUUGUGGCGCUGGAGACUCUGGCUGCUCAGAAUGUGGUGCUUGCAGAGUGUGUGCUGAAGAGAAACUUGGCAUCAAUGAGCUAGAUGAGCGUGGACUCCUGGAUGUCAUGCAACUAGGACGUCGUGGAGAAGUUGGCAAGAAGAAUGAUAAGCUGCAGCCUAAACAAGCUCAGAAACUCUUAAGAGAGAGAAAAAAUAGAGAAGGAGUCCUUGAAGCAGAAGCUGAUAUGACCAAUCUGGUGCGUUUGCCACCAGCAGAGACUGUCAUAGAUGGCUCUGGGACUGUAGUCACACAGAUAGCUGUUGGACUUCACCAUACAGUUGUGUUGUUGUCUAAUGGUGAUGUCUAUGCUUUUGGAAGCAACAAUAAUGGUCAACUUGGGCUUGGAGAUACAAAAAUAAGGGGUAAACCUACUAAAGUACCUCUUCCCUUGGCAGCAACCAUGGUUGCAGCUGGUAGUCACCAUUCUGCUUUUCUUCUGACCAGUGGUCAAAUCUACACUUGUGGAGAUUACCAGAAAGGAGCACUUGGCCGGGAUGAUCCUCUAGGAAAAAGUAAAAAUAGUGGAUGGAACUGUGUACCUGGUCCUAUACCUGGUGUAGGUGCCAAGUUUGGUCGCAGAGCAACAUGGGUUGGUGCCAGUGGAGACCAUACAGUGAUGAGAAUAGAUGAGUCUUUGAUCAAUGCUCACACUCUGAGUAGAUCAAAUAUUUUUGCUAGCAAGACAUGCAUAGGUUUGAUUCCUAGAGGGGAAGACAAUGCAGGGCUGAUUAAAUGUCUUAUGAUUAGCAAAGUUGAUGGAAACUGUAAAAGCUUCAUUGGAGAAGAACAAGAGAACCUGAGCAACCAAGCUGUGUGCCUGGACCCAGUCUAUGAUGUACUGUGGGGAUACAAUCCUAAAACACAAGAGAUUCGGUGCUACAAUGUAAUGAUAUGUGAAGCCCAAGAUCUGAGAAAAAUUGACCCUGGCUACUGUGACAUAUUCAGCCCUGAGCUGGCCAUGCCCACCAGGACCGGUUGCCAGGCGACCCGGUCACACUGUGCACUUCAUAUGUUGGGCUGCUUGGACACAUUGACUGUCGCCCACCAGCUGAAGAUGCAAGUGGCUGAGGAGUCUCGUGAGAAGACUUCAAUCAACAAAGUUUACAGCAAGGAGGACUACACUGUAGUCAACAGAUUUGAAAGUCAUGGAGGAGGCUGGGGUUACUCUGGUCACUCAGUGGAAGCUAUUCGUUUUAUGUGUGACACAGAUGUUCUUCUGGGUGGCUUUGGUCUGUUUGGUGGCAGGGGAGGCUAUAUAGGAAGGAUAAAACUUUAUGAGCUGGGUCCAGAAGGGGGAGACAAUGAAGGAGACGGAGAGUUGUUGGUGGAAACGGAAGAGACUCAAUUUGUGUGUGGUGCCCGAGAGAAGUAUGCCAUGCUGUUUGAUGAGCCAGUUCCCAUUCAGGCCAAUUGCUGGUAUGUGGCUUGUGCCAGGAUAUCUGGUCCCAGCUCUGACUGUGGUGCCAAUGGUCUAUCGACUGUCCAUACUGAUGACUCGGUUGUCUUCAAAUUUAAAAGUUCUAGAAAGUCUAACAAUGGCACUGAUGUCAAUGCUGGACAGAUUCCACAGUUGCUUUACAAACUUCCACCAAGAGAUAGUCCUACCGUGACCAGAAAAGCAGAUCAGAUGGACACCGCACACAUUCUCAGCAAUGACUUCUCCCAUACAGUGACACCUCAAAGUCUUGUGGCUCUGUUGAAACUGCUUGAGUACAGCUGGACUGCACUCCAUGCCACAGUGCCGUCAUCCUCAGGGUUUAAAGGUGGACAGGAUGAAGUUCUCUCAGAUAUACAGAGGAUUGUUUACAUAUCCAGAGCUUGUCUUCGGCUGCUCCGGACCUAUGUAGCCAACAUUUAUCCAGAUGGGGUGUUGAAAAAGAAGACUGCCCCGGAGUCCAGCCAGCUUGCAGAGAGAGUUGGAGAUGCUCGAGAUCUCUUACGGCGAAUCCUGGCUGAGGAUCUUCAUGUGGCCAAGUUUAGGGCUACCUUGAAUGAACACCAGAGCCUGAAGCAGUACAGGCAGAUGAGAGAGGAUGUGUUGAAUGAGUGUCACACCACCUUCCGUGCCUGCUUCCAUGCCUUCUACCCAACAGGACAUUUAAAGUGGUGGUGCUUGUGUGACCUGCUCUGCCAGAUGGAACCAAUACUAGAACGCAGAGGAGCCACACAGCAGAACAGUCCCAAUGUUCUUGGCAUCAGCAGGCUGCUGGCUGCAGUGAUGGAAGCCAUGUGUCACCCAGCUGUGAAACUGACUGCCAUCAUGCCCAUCAAUUGUGAGCCAGAGACAGAAGCCGUCAUAAGGAGGCAUAGCAUGAGCAUUGAUGACAAUACCAACGCCAUGGCCAGGUUGGGGGAAAUGCAGAGAUACCCUUUGCUGGCUUCACACAUGACUUGUAGAAUGGAGGAGGACAGUUUACCAGCUGGCUCUCAUGUUACCUUUAAGGAGGUGUUAGAACGACUUCUCAUGAUUGUGGCCAUACCAGUCAGGCAACUGCUGAACAAAGAGCCCACAACCUUCCCCAAUGCCUUGAUUGCAAACACCUGCGCCUUACUGACCACCAUUAUUGGAGAAUUGGCAGCCACUGCCAUGGGCUUAGAGACAGACAUCAACAUUUCCUCCAGACCAAUGCUAGUCACUCCAAACAGGUUCACCCGAUGCAGCAACUCCUGCCAGUGGAAUACAGGGAAGGGCAGCCCUGAUGGCAUUGCUUUCUCUGUGGACAAGCCAGGCAUUGUCAUGGCAGGCAUCUGUGUCUAUGGAGGCUCUGGAACUUAUGAGUAUGAGGUGGAUGUUAUGAAAGAAGAGAGUGCAGACGGACAGAAACAGAGCAGUAAACCUGAGUCCUGGACCACUUUGGAAACAAUGAAAGGAAGCUUCUCUCAAGAAGACUGUAUGAAUGACAUUGCUGAGAUCAAGUUUGACAGACCUAUCCCAAUAAAAGAGGGACAAAAGUAUGCUGUGUUACUGAAGAACAAUGGACAGAGAACUUUCCAUGGAGAUAGUGGCAUCACCAAAGUUCGCUGUACAGAGGGUACAGUGUUUACCUUCAGCACCUGUAAUCAAAGCACUAAUGGAACCAACAUUAUCCGGGGACAGAUACCUAGUAUACUGUACUACAGUACACCACAAGAGGGUGAGGCCCAGUCCCAAAGCAGUCGCAACUUGAUGGAGUUACUGGCCAGGAGGAACUGUAUAGACAUUUGUGGAGCCAUCAGUCACCUGGCAACAGACUUGCUACACAGAGCCCAUUCUCAUGCUAGCAGUAUUGGUGAAAGUCUAGGAAGCUCCCAUCUCUUCUCAUCCCUUCUUCCUCUGGCCUUAGCCUAUGCUGGUCCAGUAGCUGUACAGGAUCCUAGGGGAGCUGUGCAGAUUCUUUAUUUGGUGCAGGAGAUUCUUCCAGCCGUCUCUGGCUUGACUCGCCUCAUGGUUCCUGUCCCAGUGUCUAACAGCUUGAGCACUAGCCAGAAUGCUGGACAGCUCAGCAGAGUGAACAGCUCUCUGGACAACAGCAUGAGCAGCACCAACAGUCUUUUGGCUGGCGUUGAUGUCAGCUCAUCCACCACCACCAGUCAGCACUAUGCCAUUGUUGAAAGUGACCACCCUUACAAGGCUGCUACUGUAGUCAAUUAUAGGGUUGAGUUUCCCUCCUGUGUCCGCUGGAUGGUCCUAGAAUUUGACCCACAGUGUGCUACUGGACAGCCUGAGGACUCUGUCCAGCUCUACAUACCAGCCUUUGACAGUCUUAGCAAGUCCACUCUUAGUCAGGCCUGUAAAAUAACCACAUCCAGUUCUGAGCUUGACCCAAACACAACACACUGGCCAGUGCUGAAAAAAUUUUAUGGCAACACAGAGUGGCCCAAAUCAGCAGUCAUACUACCAGGUCAUGAGGUGAUCAUAUCUUUAGAAACAGCCUCUGACUAUGUGAAAGAUGAAAAAGCUUCCUUUUAUGGCUUCAAGUGCUCCAUUGUUGGCUAUGAGUGGAGUGCCAAACCAGAAGAGAGCAUUCUAAUGUUGGAAAGAGAGCUGGCAUUCCUAGGUGGCAUGUGCUGCUCUGCCUUGAUGAAAAAAGACAUACCUCUACCAUCUGUGACAAUGGAUGAAGUAGAUGAAGAUUUAGAAGUGAUUGAGGAAGGUGCCAGGAUUGUGUUUGAGAAUCACUCAAGCCUGCUUGAAAAAGGCUUUGCCUUGUCUCAGCCCCCUACAAUCUACCAAGCCUUGGAAGGGAACCUCCCCCUGUGUUGGCAGUCCAAUGAACACAGUUUCCUCAAGGACUUUGUCCUCUGUACUCAGGGCACCAGCGGUGGAAGACUGGCUAGAUGGCUGCAGCCAGACUCUUACCUUGACCCAAAACAGUGUGAGAUUGAAUGUAAUAGAGAUGAACUCAAGUGUAGUUGGCCAGCCUGUGUUACUGUCUACACCAAAGAUCAGUAUGGUCAGUUGGUCAAUGUACCUAACCUUAAGCUUGAAGUCAGGGCUAUUCCCAUUGACCAACAGGAAAUGGGAGAUGAUCUAAAAAAGAUGAGAAAAACCAGCAGUCAUGCCAGUGAAGCCUUUGAUUUGACCUUUGGUGGUCAUCCUCCACCACUGCUGGACACUCCCUAUGAGCCAGUUUUGAAGGACAAGAAAGAUAUGUUUCAUGCCAUCACUGUUAUGAAGGCUUAUGAAAACUAUUCAUUUGAAGAGUUGAGACUGGCUUCCCCUGCCAUCCCUCGACCCAGUGAGAAUAUGUUAGUCAGGGCCAACAAGGAUGGGACUUACACUGCCAACUGGACCCCUGGCUCUGUUGGUUUCUACAACAUAGUCAUCAUCAUUGAUGGUGUUCAGUCUGGUGAUGGUUACAAAGUGGAAGUAAAAGAGCCUCCUCAAGGGGCACCACCACCACUCAUUCUUAAAAAAAUACAAACUCCAAGACUGCGAAGAUUUAUUGCCAAGUACAGUGCUGGACUUAGGAUUAGAAUCAGCCCUUCAUUGCAGAGUGAACAAAUUGGAGUUGUCCCUCCAGGCUGUAUUAUCUCCUUUGUGGAUGAGACCACCAAUGAUGAUGGGAUGUGGCUGCGUUUGUCCAGAGCCUCUUUAUCAGAGUACUGCCUCCCAGAAGAUGGGGGCAGUGGCAGGAUGGAGGGCUGGUGCCUUCAGUACAAUCAACACUUGGGCAAGACUCUUCUGGUGCCAGUGGAGACCCCCAAGACUUCCAUGUCCAAGCACAGCAGCAGGAACUUCCCGGCUGGGGCCGCUGCAGCAGGAGCUGAUAUUGGAAGGAAGGAGAGACGUGGACAUGGCCAGCCUGAUGGUGCUGGGUUCUUUAUGGGUUUAAGUACUCUGAAUAAAGGCCCUGGAACAUAUAUGGUCAUCAAAUGUGGGUCAUCAGGUCACAACAUAAGAGCAAGACCUAGCCUGAAGGCACCACCCAUUGGAAUGAUAACAAAGGGUAAAAAAAUCAAAGCAGUAGAAGAUACAAUAAACAAUGAUGGGGUAUGGAUUCGUCUAUCAGAGGAUUCUGCUGCUAAAUACUGUCAUUCUGCCCUGACCUCAGAGGCCUGGUCAUUGGUGUCUGGUUUGGACAAGGUACAGUACAUGCAGCAUGAAUCAGAAUUCUCUUUUGGGACUAAAGGAAGUGACCCAUUCGCUUUUAGGAGCCUGCCCCCUCAACAAGGGUUUCAGUUUGGCAUGAAGGCAGCUCAAUAUGCAAACACAUUCCCAGGAUUUUUUCCACCAGAGGAAGCUUUUUCCAGAAGUAAAAGUAUGCCAUCAUCUGCUUUUAAUUUUGGUGGAAUAACAGGGUUUCAACCUAAAGUACCCCUGCCCAGGUUUGGGGAGCCACCUCUCUCAGCAGAUGAAGAAAUUUCCAUGCUGACGUUUCCUCCCCCUCCUCCACCUUCAACCUCCUUCAAUGAAGGGUACAUUGAGGAGGAUGAGAGCCUUCAGAAGGCCAUGAUUGCUGACAAACUGCUACGAGCCAGGCAGAGGUCUGGAUCCUACCCCAAUCCAUUUAUAUCAGUUCCUGCUAUGUCAUCACGGCCUCAUGUUAAACAGCAACAACGAACUCUUUCCAUGCGCAAAGUUUCGGAUCCGAAUGUGGCCAGACUGACUUUGCAAGACAACAAGGAUAUACCUCCUGAGCUGCGUGGAGUACCAGUCAAUGAGUUGGUCAAGGCAUUAGACCAUGCUAAGACUGACAAAAUGAAAAACCGUUCCACUUAUAUUUACUGUGAUGACGAUGUUGUCGCUUGCCCUACUUUCACUGCUUUGGGCCUUAAGUUGUGCUACCCUGCCAUCAAUCCUAAAAAGCUAGCCAGAUUAGUUGGUGAAUCUCGAGCCAAUGGCAAUGGGCCUACCCCACAGCCUUCACCUCCAAGCUCACCGAAAACAACUUCCAGGGAAGGAAGUCCCAAGUCUACUAGUGACAGAAAGUCUUCAGAAUCACCAAGAUUUGUUAGAGAGUCAUCAACAUCUAAGGAUGAUCUUUAUAAAACACCACCUUCCAGCCCAGUACCAUCCAAAAUGGGAAGAGCCCCUCUGCUAAAAGUUGAUUCUUUUGAAAAAUCGGCCACUCCUACCCCCCCUGCUACUCCGCAGGCUGCCAGGUCAGAUAAGUUUACAGAAUCACCAGCGUCAUCCUCACCAAAGCAUAAAGACAGUAGCCUUCAUGCUGAGACUUUGAAGUCAAAAAUCUCAAGUCUGCCUAAUGAUGGCUACCAGCCUGUUACAAUGAAAACUGAACCAGAGAAAGUGGUGCACCAUGUCACUUUUUCACCUGAGCUUGAGCAGAUCUCCGGUGUGACCUCCACUUCUAGUCUGCCUGCAGCUCCUCAGCACCCAAGUUCUGGGACUCUCGUCAAAGUGGAAACCCCAGGGAACAAAGAAAAGGGCAAGGUUGAUAACAAGGGAAGCUUGAAAACAGAUGUAGGCAUUAAGAAAGAAAGCCCUGUAGCUGUGGUGUCUCCUACAGUUAAGUCCCCUGUGGCACCUGCAAAAGAUGCUUCAGAUACAGGUUUGACUGGAGGCUUGGCCAAUGGUGGAGCAAGGUCAAGGCUGAAAUCACCACCUUUCAGAAAUGAAAAUUCUCCUGGCUUGGAUGUAGUGGACAUUGGUGUGGCAGGAGCUAGUGGUGGAAGUGGUGGUGGUGGUAUGGUAGCUGCUGGGGCUGCCUCUGGUGCUAGUGGAAGCUCUGGGUCACGGAAAUCCAAUAUGUUUACCAUAGGAACAGCAUCACCAAAAGAGGACGUCAGGUUGUCUCCAAAAUCAAACAGAAAAGACAGAAGCCGAUUGAGUCGAUCGAAACGUGAGCGUGCUGCCUCGCCAACACAAGACACUUUGCCGAUACAGCGCAGUCGUUCCUCCUCAGCAUCCAAGAUACUGGAGAGUAACAGAGGUGUCUUAGUAAAGGAAGCUCUGUCCCCCGCUGCUGCAGAGUGUCUCCGUGCUGUCUUUGCUGCCUUCAUGUGGCACGAAGGCAUAGUCCAUGAUGCCAUGGCAUGUGCCUCAUUUCUCAAAUUCCACCCAGACCUGACCAAAGAAAUGUCCAAAUUUGUAAAGGAGAAGAAAACCCAGACCAACAUUGAACCUAAGAGACAGCGCCAUGCAACAGAGUCAAGUAAGGACAAAUCUCACAGAAGAAAAGAUAAUAUCAAUGAAAGCAGAGUGAGGUUCAACUUGGAGCCACAGUAUUCUGAUAUUGAGAGGGAUCCUAAUGAUGAUGUUAGGCCAAGGUCAGCCUCAUCUAGAGCUACUUUGGUUUCCACUUAUGAUAUCCCACCCACCAAGACACUGUUGUGUGAAUCUAAAUCUGAUGCUGACGUAGACAAAACAUCCAAAUAUGAUGGAGCGCUGAAGAAACCUGUAGAGAGACACAAGUCUGAAGGUGGUACAGCUAAGUUCCAAGAACAGGUGGCUCUGGCGGCACAACACAUAAAAGGAGAGAAGGAGACCCAACUACCAAAGACACUGCAGCAUCUUGUUCACUUCUGGGAAGAACUGUCUGAGUCAGUUAUCCAGGUGAUGACCCAGGACUCUGUGCGACCUAGUCCAGCUAUGGCUGCCAGAAUUAAGCAGCAUGAGAGGAGAGAGAAAGACAAAGAUAAGGAAAAGAGGAUGAAGAAAAGAAAAGGAAUUAAAGCCGCUCCCAUGCCGAUAAUAGAUCCUGCUGGCGGAGUUGGAGGCUUGGGUAACAUAGCUGUCCGUGCCCAGGGUCUAUUUGGAGAGGCUAUGGUCAGGAUGUUCCGUCCACCUGGAGGGGCAGGUGGUGAUCUCGGUGCUGCCGCAGCUUUGGCAGCUGCUGCUGUGGGAGAGGACACUUACUGUGAGCUUUGUCAGGGUAUAUUUCCCCAUCCAGUUACCUACCACAUGCGUCAGGCUCAUCCUGGGUGCGGCAAGCAUGCCAGUGGCAAGGGCUACAACUCCAGUGGGAACUUUGGAGGGGGCUGGGCUGGAAACUGCGGUGAAGGGGGCAUAGGGGACUGCUCCUGGUACUUGAUGUGUGAGAAGUGCCGGGAGAAGUACAUGAAGGAGAAGAAGCCGUCCAAAGACAAGGUGCGAAGGGGCAAGAAGAAGAGCUCCAGCGCCGCCAGCAAACCAUACAACUUUCUGACCCCUUUGGAGCCCCAUCACAUUCUCAAGAACAAUGCCCAGUUCUUGCUUGAGCUGGCUAGUGCUUCCUGCCUGACACUCCCUGUUCACAACAAGACCAGACCUCUGUCACUUCCCCGCACGACUGACAUGUACCUGCCUAGUGUCAGUGAGGCAGAACCAGAUCCUUUCCCCCCUAUUCCGUUCCAGUAUUUAAACCUUCACAACGCUGGCAACUCAGACUCUGCCUUUGCUGAGGAUUUCUUUGCAGAUCAGGAUAGAUCAUUUGUUAGGUCAGGCUCCAUGAGCAUAGCAUCACAGCAGCGGUCUAACUUACAGUUGCAGCGACCUCGUUUGCCAACAGAGCCUCGCCAUAGUCCUUUGGCAAGGUCAGGUUCCUUGGGCCAAGAUACAAGACCAUUUUCCCAGCUGUUACCUGCCCUCAAGCAUGAGAACACAAGAGCCAUGCUAGAAAAGCAGCCAAUGACCAAGAGUGCCAGCACCAGCCCUGAGAAUGAACAGGACAGUCACAAGAAAGCUUUUCAUCGUAGUGUUUCUGAGUACGUAACAGAGAAUGAAGAUGAGAAUGAUUUUGUCUUUUCUCGGGCCGUGUCAGUCUCCUCAAGACGCAGGAAUAACAGUGGCAGUGUCACAGAUGGUGGUGCUUCUUUGCUGAAGCACCCAUCAGUUGCUAUGACAAGACUGAUAUCUGCUGUGGAAAAACGCAAUGGUGGGAAGACUUUGGAAAGGCCAGUCAUGGAAUUCAUUGUCCAACGCCAUGAUCUUGAAGGCUUGCAACUGGCCAUGAAACAGGCUCUUCGCAAAGCUAUGUGCAGAGUUUUUGCUCUCCAGGCAAUGAACUGGCUCAUCAGGAGUGUGGUCCAGCAGGUCUGUCUGCAUGAUCUGUUGUGGUUCUUUGUUGACUCUCUGGUUCCCAACACAGAUGAGGAUGUUGAGGCUGGGGAGGAAGAGGGGGAGGAGAAUAAGAAGAAAGAUGUGAAGAAGGACGUGGAGGACACUCCAAUCUGUGACCAUCCCAUGUCUGACAUCAUUGUGGCUGGUAAAGCUGCUGCUCAGCUGCCGGAGACAUUCCACAGCUUGCUGCAAACUAUCAGUGAUGUUAUGAUGCUGUUGCCGAUGGGUUCUGCACUACAGCAAAUGGCUGUCAGGUGUUACUGCCUGCAGUUCAUGCAAUCAGACCACCAGUUCCUCCAUGAAUCUCAUGUGUUUAGUAACCUCAGUCGCAUCCUCAGCAAGUCAGAGGAGGAGCCGGAAGAAGGACUGCUUGAUUCAUCCAUGAUCAGAAGAUCUAUGUCUGUUUGUGACUCGCCAUUUUUUUAUCACAAUGUAUUGAGAAGUAACAUAUAUUGUUUUGUGUCUCACAAAGUGCAUUGCUUAAAGGAUCUCACAGGAAUGACUGACUUCAAGGCUUCCAGUAGGCAAGCUAUGAUUGGCAGCUUAACAGAUAACUCCACUGAAACCUUCUGGGAGAGUGGUGAUGAAGAUCGCAAUAAAAUGAAAGUUAUUACCAUCACCUGCUCCAGUAAAACUACACCCAGUGUAAUAUAUGUGCACAUUGAUAACAUAAGGGACAUAGGGAACAAAGUGUCCAACCUGACUUUCAGUGCUGGUACCUCAGCUGAUGAUUUAAAGAAAAUUAAACAGGUUGAUAUUGAUGUACGACACUGUGGUUGGGUCAACUGUCAGCUCCCAGCUUCAACCAACGCUCCCACCAGACAUCUGACUGUAGAACUCAAGGGUCCAGAUCAGAGCUUGAGGCUACGACAACUUAAAAUCCUUGGCUCCAUUGAGGGUGAAGACACAGAGCUGGAAGUGAAGAAAGGUGCAGCACAGAUACAACAAGAGAACUGUGAGGCAGAGACACUGAAAGUCUUUAGGAUUCUUACUUCACAGGUGUUUGGUAAACUGGUGACCAGCCCAGAAGAUAGUGAGACUGAAGAGGACAAGAAGGAUAAAGUGGAUGGGGACAAUGACCUGAAGGAGCAUAUGGUCAGCAUUUUGUUCAGCAGGAGUAAGUUGUCUCACAUGCAGAAACAGGUGUGUAACCACAUUGUGCAGGGCAUCAGGAAGGAGGCUAUCAAGAUGAAGGAAGAAUGGGCUCACUCUCUGCAGAACCCCAAUACCAUGGAAGACGUCCACGGCUCAGAUGUUUACUGCUUUGAGCUGGUCUCCAUGGUUGUGGCUCUCAGUGGGUCAUCAGUGGGCAGAAAGUACCUGGCACAGCAGUUGGACCUGAUUCAUGACCUGUUCAGCCUUCUGCACACUUCCACUCCAAGGACACAAAGACAAAUAACUAUCAUCUUUCGCCGAGUUCUUCCAUGGGUGAAGCCUCAGGUUCUUGCUCCUAUACUAAACAUUCCCAGUCUUCCUCCACCAGACUACAAUAUUGUUGGGGAGUCCCAUGGGGAGUCCACUUUUGACCCAGAUGUCCCAGGCAUCCUGGAUGUGUUCCUGGCCUGCGUGGCCAAGUCUCUAAAUGUUCAGAUGAAGAUCAAGAGCUCUGGACCCUCCAAAGUCUGCACCACACUGACCAUGUCUCAGUGUUUGGAAGACUCGGCCAAAUCUGCCAGGUGGUGGAUGAGAGGCAAGAUGGACACUGCAUUGGCUGUCAGUAUUAUGGAACUGGUCAAAGAGAUGGCAGCAGGUAGACUGUCAGAGUCCUGGGCUAUCAACACCAAGGCUGCAAUAGCUGAAGCCAUUCUUAACAUGACCAAAUUGGAUGAGAAUCAAAGAGAUCCACAGAACUGUGUCAAAACUCCUACUCUGUGGCUUGCAUUAGCCUCAUUAUGUGUGCUAGAUAAAGACCAUGUGGACAGAUUAUCCUCAGGAGAAUGGGUCUCAAGUCCUGAUCACCAGCAUGGUCAACCCAGGCCUACAUGUGAUAACCAUGAUGACAGUGUCACACCAGCCAUCAUCUUGUGUACAGAGUGUGGAAACUUGUGUGCAGAAUGUGAUCGUUACCUCCACUUACCUCGCAAGAUGAGGUCACAUCAGAGACAGGUUUUUAAAGAAGAAGAAGAAGCCAUUAAGGUUGACCUCCAUGAAGGAUGUGGGCGUAUCAAACUAUUCUGGGUCAUGUCUUUGGUGGACUCCAGGACACUCAAAGCUUUAGUUGAGUUUAGAGAAGGUAAAGUUUCCAAUGCAACAGUAGGACCAGGAACAUGCAGGUUUUGUGGUCGCACAAGUAAUACUGGACUCCUAGCUAUUGGCAAUGUUUGUUCUGAUCCAGAUUGCCAAGAACAUUCAAAGAAUGCUUGCAAUAAGAUCUUACCAUGUGGGCACCUGUGUGGGGGCAUAGCUGGGGAGGACCCUUGCUUGCCUUGUCUUCAUCGCUGCCGACCAUUUGACCAGGGGCAGCUGAAGCAAGAUGCUGAUGACAUGUGCAUGAUAUGCUUCACAGAGGCUCUUUCUGCGGCACCAGCUAUAAAGCUGACCUGCUCACAUUUGUUCCACCUUCACUGCACUAAGCUGAUUCUCCAAAAGAAAUAUGUUGGGGCUAGAAUAACUUUUGGAUUCUCUCUCUGUCCUAUUUGUAAGACCAGCGUUGACCAUCCUGCCCUGAAAUCUUUACUGGAGCCAAUCAGAGCCCUGAAGGAGGAUGUGAAGAGAAAAGCAUUGAUGAGGCUGGAGUACGAGGGCCUGGACAAAGCUGAGGCCAUCGCAACACCAGGGGCCAGGUUUUACCAAGACCCAGCUGGUUAUGCUAUGGACAAGUAUGCUUACUAUGUGUGUUACAAGUGUAAAAAGGCUUACUAUGGUGGUGAAGCGAGAUGUGAUGAAGCUAUAGGAGGUGGGGAUGACUUUGAUCCAUCGGAGCUUGUCUGUGGUGGUUGCUCUGAUGUGUCUAGGGCUCAGAUGUGUGCAAAGCAUGGAGCUGACUUCCUCGAGUACAAGUGUCGCUACUGCUGCUCGGUGGCUGUCUUUUUCUGCUUCGGCACCACUCACUUCUGCAACCCUUGCCAUGAAGAGUUCCAGAGAGUGACAGCCAUACCAAAGAAGGACUUGCCACGCUGUCCAGCAGGACCUAAAGGUGUUCAGUUGGAAGGGGAAGAAUGUCCUUUACAUGUAAAACAUCCUCCAACAGGGGAAGAGUUUGCUCUUGGUUGUGGAGUGUGUCGCAAUGCCCACACAUUCUAAGACAUUAAUGAACAAGGUUAAUCUGACUAACAUUUUUGUCACAUCUACAAUCAAUGCUUAAAUCUUCAGUAUUUAGCCACCAAAACUUAAUGUCUAACUUUUUUUUUUUACUACAAACAUAAAAAUUGUUUCUUUUUUAUAUAGCUGAAAGAGUUAAGACAGUUUACAGUUUUGUUGUACAUUAAACAUAGUGUUUUUUGUUUUUUUUACAUGUAUCUGUUCAAUUAUGAUUUAUUAAUUUAUAGUUCUUCAUUUUUGCUCAGUUUUUAUUUUCUGUAAAUCGCACAUGUGCAAUCUUUGAUUAGUUGCUCUAUCCAAGCCAGUGUUCUAUUUUUUGAAUACAUUAUCUCAUAUCUUACUGAGUCGAGUAGACUUUCAAAGAAUAAGAAUUUUUUUUUUGGCUUGAUAUAUUCUAAAGAUUUUAAUUUCCAUUGCCGUGUAAAAAGUAUUUGUGUAUUUCACUUUUUUUUUUAUUUGUAUAUAAAUUGUUGCCUGGUUGGGGUAAGGCAUUCAUGUCUUAUUGUGAUAAUUACUUCUCAGAUCCUAUCAGCAAAUUGUUAUUUCAGUAUGCUAUAUAAAUAUAUAUAUAUCUAUUUAACUAUACAGUUCCCAAAAUGACAACUUUGUUGGCUUGUUGUUUCAUAAACAACUUCAGUUUUUUAAUUAUUUUUUUUUUAUAUUCUAACUUUUCAAUCUUUGUGUUCUUUUUAUAUGUAUGCCUUACCAUUGGUCAAAGUUGAGUGAUGUAGAAGAGUUCUGUUCGUCUGGUAUUGUUGUGAAGGUAGAUUUACUCCUCCGGAAUCACAUGUCAUGUCUCACGUCUGCUUGUCUUGUACAAGUGGUGAACUGUUUUUUGUUUAUUUUGUUAAAAUAGUGAUAGGUUAUCCUUUGAUUUUUUUUUUUUACCUGUGUUGAUUUUGUUCUCUUUUUUUUCUUUUGUUGAUGCGUUGAAAAUUACAAAUGUUUUUUUGCUUAAUAUUUGAAUUUGAAUAAUAUUAAAUAUCAUAGAGUUUAAUAAAUCACAUAAACUUCACAUUAUAAUGUUGUGAGUUAAUAUAUAAUUUGGUCUUUCAAUUUUGUUGUUACUUAACAUCUUUUCUCAUUUUAAAAGAGUGGCAAUCCAGAGAGUUGCUUGUUUAUGACUUACAGAAUUGGAAUUGCUUCAUUUAGUUGUAUGGAUUUUUUUAAUGGUACAAAUAUCUGUCUGUUGCCUACCAUCUUAUCAGCACUUUUUAUUCUUAAUUUGUGUUUAAGGUUAUUUUAUUCUUAAACUUUUCUUCUAUUAGAUCAGUUUGAGCUGUCUUCAAGCAAAAGACAUGGAAAAUAUUUUGUUAGGUGGCUGAGUGGUUAAGGGCUUGGCUUCCAAACCUGGAAUCCUGGGUUAGAAUCUCAGUGAAGACCUGGAUUUUGAAUUUUGGGAUUUUUAGGGCGCCCCUGAAUCUACCCAACUCUAAAAGGUACCUGACUUAAGUUGGGGAAAGUAAAAGUGGUAGGUCGUUGUGCUGACCACAUGACACCCUGCUAGUUUACCUUUGGCUAUAAAAAUAGAUAACCUUAACAUCAUCUGCCCCAUAGAUCGCAAGAUCUGAAAAGGAAACUUUUACUUUUUUACUUAAUUCCAGAGAUGAGCUCUCUGUGAUAGUUGUAGGUCUCCUAUUAGUGAGUUGUGAGUGGCAUUUUAUUUAGAGUAAUAGAAUCCUAAAUCCAGUCAUUCCUAAAGCAAUACCCCUCACUUAAGUACAAUUUGACCAACUCCCUUAUUCUCUUUUAUUGAUAUUAGGGACAUCCAAUGACCAUAAAAUAAAGAAUUGCGAAUACAUACUUUCAGGGUUGUUUGAUUUGUAAAUUCUUACAUUCUAAACAUUUGUUCUUCUGUCAUAAUGUAAUCACUUGGUGUAAUGUUAUUUCAAAGCUAAAAUGCCAGGUUUGUAUGAUAAAGGAGACUAGAAUGUGCAUGAAACUUAUUCAAAUGUUCUCUUUAUUUCCUCAUUUUACAUUUGGAUGUCAUUGUUGAAUUUUGCAGUUUUGACUUAGACAAUGUUAGUAUUUGUUUGCUUUUUGUUUGUUGGUUUGUAUUAUUAUUAUUUAAAAAUAAAGUGUUUUUUUUUAAAAUAAAUAUGCAUAAAUAACAGAGCCAAGAUGGAA